AUGUCGGUCGCACUCAUCCUUGGGGCUGGUAGCCGUGUCGGAAGUUCUGUAGCCUCCAAACUGGUCGCAAAUGGCUACAAAGUAGCUCUUGGGUCUCGCAGUGGCGGAACUGAAAAGCCAGAGGAGAAUACAAUCGGGGUCAAAGUCGACGUCGCCAAACCGGACGAGGUUGCUGCAGCCUUUGUUACCGCGGAGAAGGAGCUUGGAGCGCCAGUAAACGUCGUCGUUUUCAACACGGCUGGCUUUUCGCCACUUCCUGUUCCCGGAGAGCCAUUUUCAAAGCCAUAUGAUCGGUUCUUGCAAGAAAUAACCGUCGGUGCUCUGGGCGCAUAUGCAGCCUUGCAUGAAACAAUCAAGAGCUUCAAACGUGUCAGCGAGGAUAAACCAAAGGUGUUCAUCGCAACUUCGAAUCUGCUCGGCGUCAUUCCACCAGUGACAAACUACUUCACUCUGGGAAACGAGAAGCACAACCUUGCCUACUAUGUUCAAGCUGGUAAUACGGCCCAUGCAGACCAAGGCUUCCGGUUCUACCUCGCUGCCCAAGUGAGCCCCUCGGGUGGGAUUCCUCCAGGGGCCAAGAUUGAUGGCGAGGCACAUGCUACCGCCUAUUGGAAUCUGAUCAACCGCAAAGAGAGAGGAGGGUGGGAUAUUCGCUUUAUUCAAGACGGAAGCAUCCUUGUCGAAAACUAA